CGCUAUUCCAAAAUCUCCCAAAAGCUCAAGUUCCAUCAAAAUGCCACAAUUUUUCUAAUCAACAUUGUUCUCCGUCAAGCUUCUCCUUCAAAAUUCAUAGUGAAUCGAUGACGAGAGAGGAGAUUGAAAACAAUGGUGAAGAUAUGAUGAUUGAUGACCCAAAACCCAAAAUCGAAAACGAUUUCAAUGUUCAUUACCUCCGGAUUUACUACGGAAAUCUGUUUCCUUACACUGAUAUUCACAAAUGGCUUUCUUAUGGACAUGAUGGGAAACAUCCUGGUUGUGAUGAAUACUACUUUGGUAGAAGAGAAUUCUCGUUUACGCUUGAAAAUGAUGUUUAUUUGCGGUAUAAGUCUUUUAAGAAUGCUUCAGUUAUGGAAGAUGCAAUCAAAUCGAAUUUUCCUUACAAGAUUGAUAUUGGUGCUGUGUAUAGCGUUGAUCCAGAUAAGAGACAUGCUUAUGCACAUAGUGGAACCAAUUUGUUUACUCCAGUGGAGAGGGAGUUAGUCUUUGAUAUUGAUAUAACAGAUUAUGAUGAUGUUAGAUACUGUUGCUCUGGAGCUGAUGUUUGCUCCAAAUGUUGGCCUUUAAUGACAGUUGCUAUCAAAGUCAUUGAUACUUCCUUAAGAGAGGAUUUUGGUUUCAAACAUAUUCUCUGGGUCUUCAGUGGACGUCGUGGAGUUCACUGUUGGGUUUGUGAUGCUAAAGCUCGAAGGUUGACUAAUGAGCAAAGAUCAGCAGUUGCUGAAUACUUCCGUGUUUAUAAGGGAAAUGAAAACAAUGCAAAAAAAGUCGAUCUUAUGGGUCAUUCUCUUCAUCCGUUUCUUGCGAGAUCAUAUGUGGACUUUCUUAAGAAUUUCUUUGAGGGUGAGUUACAAGCAAAUCAAAGUUUAUUCUCAAGCGAAGAAAAAUAUGAGAAGAUACUUGGGAUGAUUACAGAUGAAGAUAUUCAAGCAGACCUCAGAGGAAAGUGGGAGAAUUCUGCGAGAUCAUCUCUAUCAGAAGAAGCCACCAGCCGUUUAAGGUGGGAGCAGCUUAAAAAAAGGCUUCAAUCGAAGAAAAACAAGGCUCUAUCACUGCGGACAUGCGUAGAAGAAAUUGUCUUCACCUUUACGUAUCCUCGAAUUGAUUUGGAGGUUUCAAAACAAAUGAACCAUUUGCUUAAAGCACCCUUCUGCGUCCAUCCCAAAACAGGUCGUGUAUGUGUUCCUAUUGACCCGAAUAACUGCGAUGAGUUUGAUCCAUUGGCAGUUCCAACUCUUUCACAGUUAAUUGAAGAAAUCAAUUCCGGUGGCCUCAGAAUGGAUGUGGAUGAUGAUGAUUCAGAUAGAAGUUUACUUGGGAAAUCAAUCAAGUUCUUCAGAUCCUCAUUCCUAGAACCGUUACUAAAAUCAUGCAAGGAAGAAAUAGAGAGUUCAUACAAAACCAAAAUUGCUAAGACUAAGGAUUCAUUCAGCUGGUGACUAAGGUAUUGAGUUUAAUGCAGUUUAUAGUCCGCUUAUUUCAGUCUUAGUUUUGAUUUCAGUUUGUAAUGUACAAGCUUCACUAAGCUUUAUAAUCUAUCAGUAGAGUCUCUUUAUAUUGUUGUGAUGUUUCCUAAGAAAAUUAUUGCUUUUAAGCGAGUGAUUGAAUAUAUUUAUAUGAUUAUGAA